CAAAACCCCCUUUGAUUUGUUUUCCUCUUUCUAUCCCUCAGUUGUUCCUUCCGUUUACACCAUUUACAUGGGAAAAGAUAAAUACGAAAACGAAGACCUAAUAAAAUACGGCUGGCCUGAAGACAUCUGGUUUCAUGUGGAUAAGCUCUCCUCCGCGCACGUGUAUCUGCGGUUACACAAGGGGCAGACGGUGGAUGACAUUCCCAAAGAAGUUUUGAUAGACUGUGCCCACCUAGUGAAGGCCAAUAGCAUUCAAGGCUGCAAGAUGAACAACGUCAACGUGGUUUACACGCCGUGGACUAACCUGAAGAAGACUGCGGACAUGGAUGUGGGGCAGAUUGGAUUUCACAGGCAGAAGGAUGUGAAAAUGCUGACGGUGGAGAAAAAGGUGAAUGAGAUACUGAACCGCCUGGAGAAGACCAAAGUGGAGCGUUUCCCAGACCUGGCUGCUGAGAAGGAAGCCAGGGACAGAGAGGAAAGGAACGAGAAGAAAGCCCAGAUCCAGGAGAUGAAGCGGAAGGAAAAGGAAGAGAUGAAGAAGAAGAAAGAGCUGGAAGAGCUUAGGAGCUACUCGUCGCUAAUGAAGGCUGAGAACAUGUCCUCUAAUCAGGACGGCAACGACUCGGAUGACUUCAUGUAAAUAAGGUCUCACCUUUCUCCACCUUGAGGGGAUCUGGGAUGUCUUCGUGUGUGACCGUCACCAAGAAUGCCAAAAAAAA